AUGAAGUUGUUUGUUACCCUCGUUGCUGCGUCCGCUGCCGCCUCCAAGCAGUCCGUGAGCACCCUCUCGGCGGAUGAGCGCUCCGUGCUCCGCGCCGAGCUCGCUGCGUGGCGUGUCGAGUUUGGCCCUGCCGCCGCGACAAAGGGCGUAUUGCCCCACGUCGCCAAGAGCAUGUCCCCCCUCGACGCCGAAGAGGACGCUCUCCAGCGGUUCUACGACAACAAGGUCGCGAUCGAAGAAGCUCGCCGCAACAACCCUGAAGCCACGUUCAGCUACAACCACCCGUUUGCUCUCAUGACGCAAGCUGAGUUCAAGAAGUUUGUGGAGGGUGUGACCCUGCAGGAAAGCCGCAAUGCGUUCCGCUCGGUCCCCGAGGCGGACUUGAACUUGAGCAGCGUCAAGGCGGCGUCGGUGGACUGGACUACCGGUGCGUGUGUCAACCCUGUGCGGGAUCAAGGUCAGUGCGGGUCGUGCUGGGCCUUUUCGGCCGUGGGAGCCGCCGAGCCGGCGCACUGCCUCGUGACGGGAGAACUCCUGGACCUGUCCGAGCAGCAAGUGACGAGCUGUUCCACCGCGAGUGGUAGCGCGGGGUGCAACGGCGGGUGGCCGUACGCCGCCUUGACGUACGUGUCGACGACCGGGCUCUGUUUGGAGAGCGACUACCCGUACACGUCGGGCAGCACGAGUCAAACCGGCACGUGUGACAGUAGCUAUUGCACCAAGAAGCAGCUCAGCAUCGGUGCCACGGUCCGCGCGACGGGUGAGGCGGCGCUGGAUACGGCGCUCAACACGCAGCCUGUGUCGGUGCUUGUCGAAGCGGGCAACCCCGUGUGGCAAAACUACCAGUCCGGCGUCGUUACGCAAUGCCCUGGAUCCUACUCGGACCACGCCGUCGUCGCAGUGGGUUACGAUGCGACCUCGUACAAGCUCCGUAACUCGUGGGGUGCCAGCUGGGGUGAAGCCGGCCACAUCCGUCUGAGCCGCGGGGUCUCUGGCCUCGGCAUGUGCAACGUCGCCGAAGACAUCGUGUUCCCGCGGAUCGACGGCACCACGCCCACCAACUCACCGUCCCCCACGACCAAGCCCACCCCCACGUCUCCUCAACCUGACGUGUGCGGUAGCUGUACUGGGUGCUUCUACCCUGCAGGAAACCAGUGUUUGCCCCCCGAGUACACCAAGGCCGACUGCGACUACUACAGUGCUGAUUUUGGCUCGGUUUGGUGCGGCGACAAGCCAACUCCGACCACCACCUUGCCGACUCCUACCACCAAGCCGACCCCUACCACAAAGACUCCUACCACCAAGCCAACCCCUACCACAAAGACUCCUACUACCAAGCCUACUACCUCCAAGCCGACUCCUACCUCUACCAAGCCUACUCCUACCACCAAACCCACUCCUACCACCACCGGGGCUGUUGACUGCGGCACGUGCAAUGUUUGCUACGAUCCGGCCACAGCUCAAUGCAUGGACACCAUCAGCAAGUACGAUUGCCGAGCCUUGACCCCUACCAAGGGCUACGUGUGGUGCGGCUUCUGGUAA